UCGUCACCUUCACUCCUUGUAGGCCUUUCCAUGGGAAGCAGUGCCACAGAGUGAUUCGAGACAAGGUUCUCCGUGUCAAUCGAAGGCGUCAAAAGCUUAGAUUUUUGCUUCCGGAUGAGGAGAAAGACCGACAUGCCGCUCAUCAUCCUGCUGGUCGUUGGGCUAUUGUCCUCGGUAGCAUCUGCUCAAACCGGCAAUGCUUCGACAGUGUACAAGACUCGCUUUCCGGGUGUGACGUGGGACGCUACCAAUUGGAUACUCACCACGACCAAUCUUGACCAAGGACAUUACCAAUCUCGAGCAUCGGUCGCAAAUGGCUAUCAUGGAAUCAACGUAGCCGCUCUCGGGCCCUUCUUCGAGGCCGACACUCCAGUGGCCGGAGACGAUAUCAAUGGUUGGCCACUCUUCCAACGUCGGCAGACGUUCGCUACUGUCGGCGGCUUCUGGGACUCUCAAGCUACCACCAAUGGCACCAACUUCCCCUGGCUAUCUCAGUAUGGCGGGGACAGUGCUAUCAGCGGCAUUCCACACUGGAGUGGCCUAAUCGUGGAUCUUGGUGGGAGCAACUUCCUGGCUGCAGCGACCAAUGCCUCGACCAUCAGCAACUUCAAGUCAAGCCUGGACAUGAGGAACGGUCUUAUGAACUGGGCAUUUACAUGGAAGCCGAGUGGCCAUGGCUCGUUCAACGUGUCAUAUCAGCUGUUUGCUCACAGGCUCAACAUCAACCAAGCAGUCGUCACGAUGAACAUUACUGCCGCAAGUGCGACCAAUGUCACAAUCGCGAAUGUGCUCAAUGGAGACUGUGCCGUGCGAGCGACUCCCGGACAGACUGGAGUUGACUCUUCCAGUUCAGAUCUGAUUUACAGCUCCGUCUCACCCGAUGGAGUUAGCAAUAUCACGGCGUGGGUAUACGCUACCUUGAACCACACUGGUGCGACUGUUGGCUCUGCGCAGAAGCUCACCACGAGUCGCCCAUAUCUCGGCACAAAUCAGACCUCGAUCGCUUCCACAUACAACGUCAGCCUGCAAGGUGGUAAGGUCGCAACAUUCACCAAAUUCGUCGGUAUCGCCUCAACAGAUGGCUACGUCCAACCACGUAUGGUGGCGAGGAACGCUUCCCUUAACGCACAGAAGGCCGGAUUCACCUCAUUACUCCAAAGUCACAUGGCAGAGUGGAAUGCAAACUUUCCUUCGACAUCAGUGGACGACUACUCCUACCCACAGAACGGAAGUCUUCCUAGUGACCCCUAUAUAAUUGAGUCUGCCAUAGUGGCGGUCGUCAACCCAUACACUCUGCUGCAGAACACGAUAUCUGAAAACGCACUCAACGUCUCCGGCAACGCUCCUAUCAACAGCCACAGCAUCGCAGUUGGCGGUUUGACCUCGGACUCGUAUGCCGGACAGAUCUUCUGGGACGCCGAAGUCUGGAUGCAGCCAGGUCUAGUAGCCGCUUUCCCCGCGGCAGGCCUGGGCAUCGCCAACUACCGCAUCCAGCGGUACCAGCAAGCACAAGCCAACAUCAAGACGGCAUACCAGUCCUCGCAGAACACGACCCAAUUCUCGUCCAAAGCAGCUAUAUUUCCCUGGACAAGCGGUCGGUACGGUAACUGUACUGCCACCGGCCCCUGCUGGGACUACGAGUACCACAUCAAUGGCGACAUCGGCCAAGAGUUCACAAACUACUGGGUCACAUCGGGCGAUACAUCGUUCUUCCAAGACCAACUAUACCCGAUCUACGACUCGCUGGCGACGAUGUACUCGGACUUACUAGUCAAGAACGGCUCGCAAUGGUCGUUGUUGAACAUGACCGACCCAGACGAGUACGCAAACCACGUGGAUGACGGGGCGUUCACAAACGCUUUGAUCUCGCAGCACCUGGCGACCGCAAAUCAAUACCGGAGCAUGUUCAACGGCACACCCAACGCAACAUGGACCACGCAGGCAGAUAACGUGCUUAUCGCGCGCGACACCGAGGCCAAUAUUGUGUUAGAGUACGUCGGGAUGAACGGCAGCGUCGAAGUCAAACAGGCGGACGUCAUUCUCAAUACAUUCCCCCUGUCGUAUACGGGCCAGAAUUAUACUUCGCAAGACUCGCUCAGUGAUCUAGAUUACUACGCCGCCAAAACGACCACCAAUGGUCCAGCAAUGACAUACGCUAUCUUCUCGAUCAUCGCGAAUUCUGUGAGCCCGUCAGGCUGCUCGAGCUACACUUACCAACAGGCCUCGACAUACCCUUACAUCCGCGGUCCGUGGUUCCAGUUCUCCGAACAACUCGUCGACAACUACCAGGCCAAUGGCGGCACGCAUCCUGCGUACCCUUUCCUCACCGGGCACGGCGGAUCGAAUCAAGUCGUGUUAUUUGGAUAUCUCGGAUUAAGGUUACGACCAGAUUUCAUUCUGCAUGUCGACCCCAGUCUGCCGCCACAGAUCCCACAGAUCAAGUACCGCACUUUCCACUGGAACGGGUGGCCGAUCAGCGCGUUCUCGAACCAGACUCACACUAUCCUCAGUCGUGGUAGUGUAUCGCCUGCCGAGGGCGCCGUGCCUAACGCCACGUACGCGAGCUCUCCUAUUCCAGUGCAAGUUGGACCAUUGGGUGGUUCAGCGACAGGAAAUUACAGUCUCGCCCCGAACUCGAGUAUCACUAUCAAAAACCGACAGAUCGGCAACGUCGCGACGACCAGUGGGAACGUCGCGCAGUGUCUGCCCGUAAGUUCGCCGGACGACAUCAUGCCAGGACAAUUCCCUAUCGCUGCGGUCGACGGUGCGACGAGCACCAAGUGGCAGCCUGCCCUCGCGAAUCAGACCGCGAGUAUCACCGUGUCUUUACCGCUUGGAUACCGCGUGACGGGGAUGGAGUUCGACUGGGCUCAAGCGCCGCCUUGGAAUUACAGUGUUUUAUUCCACAAUGAGACGCUGGGCAGUCCGAGUGCAUUCAACGCGAAUUCGAGUGCGGGUGUGCUUGAGGUGGCGAGCAGUGGGAAACUAAGCAUCAGUACGGCGUAUAAUGCGACGGAGAUUCUGGAUAUAGGACCCCUGGGGAGUAAUGUUACGAUGUUCACGGUGCCGAGUGGGAAGGAGAUCUAUACGGCGAAGUAUGCUACGUUGCAGGUUUGGGGGAGUUUGGCGAAUGGGACGGCGACGGUGAAGAAUAUGAGUGGGAGUGGUGCGACGGUUGCGGAGUGGAGUAUCAUUGUUGAGGGGCUGGGUGGGUUGAGGAAACGGGGUGCUGAUGCUGGUGGGAAUUUGAAGAUGAGAGGUACGGAGGGGGAUAUGGAUGUCCUGUUGAAGUUGGGAAGGGUGGUGAGGGAUGCGGAGAGGAGGAAGAGUAUGGUAUGAAGACGGCUCGUUAUGUCGAUGAUUAGGCUUUCCUGGUAUCCUUUCCCUUGAUUGACAUUAGUGCAAAAUUGGGAUGGCUGGCAUGCAGACCAAACACAAAGGCACCAAGGUCUUCUAGCAGACCCUACCCUCUGCAAAUGAGUUCUCAGGCUCGCAAGAUGAUGCCUAUGUUACGCCUUAGGAAUGGCUUAUUGGUAAUCC